AUUAUCACCUCAUAUUCAAUCAUCUCAUAUUCAGACUUUGCAUACUCAAUUAUCUCCUAAUAUUAAAUCUUCGGAUUCUCAAUUAACUCAUUAUCAACAUCUAAAUAAUCAAUCUAAUUAUUUACAAUCCUCUACUCAACCUAUCUAUUCCCAAUCAGAAUUUCCUGUAACUUCUAAUUAUCAUCAGCUUCCAUAUGCUCAAUCUUCAAAUUACUCUCAAACUUCUAGUUAUACUCAGAUAGCUAAUCAUCCUCAACAAUCUAACUAUUCUCAAACCUCUAAUUAUACCCAAUUGGAUAGUAAUACUCAGAAAUUGAGUUAUUCACAACCUCCCUAUGAUAUACAAUCCCAUGAUAAAUCAAAUCAACAUCUUCAACAUAUUCAUAGUAAAUCUCCUCAUUAUUCUCAAUCUUCUUAUUAUUCCCAAUCUUCUUUUAAUCCCCAAUUAUCUCAUUCUCAAUUACCUCUUAAUUCUCAAUCUUCUUAUAAUCCUCAAUUAUCUUAUAAUCCUCAAUCAUCUUAUAAUCCUCAAUCAUCUUAUAAUCCUCAAUCAUCUUAUCCUCAAUCUUAUAAUCCCCAAUCAUCUCAUAAUCGCCAAUUAUCCCAUAAUCGUCAAUUAUCUCAUAACCCUCAAUUAUCUCAUAAUCCUCAAUCAUCCCAUAUUUCUCAACCUUUCAAUAUUCAACCAACUCAUAAUCUUCAAUUACCUCAUCCUCAACUAUCUCGUAAUCUCCAAUCAUCCCAUAAUUCUCAAUCUUCUCAUAAUCCUCAAUUACCUCGUAAUUAUCAAUCUUCCUACAAUAUUCAAUCAUCUAAUAAUAUUCAAUCAUCUAAUAAUAUUCAAUCAUCUAAUAAUAUUCAAUCAUCUAAUAAUAUUCAACCUCAUAAUUCUCAAUCAUCUCAUAGUACUCAAUCUUCAUACAAUUUUCAAUUAUCUCAUAAUUCACAAUCUUAUAUUCAACUUUACAAUCCCCCAGUCAUCUCAUAA